AUGGGCCUUAUGCUGGAGAGGAUCGGCUGGGUGCUGGAGAGGGUGGACCACGUAUUGGAGAGGAAGGACUUGGUGCUGGAGAGGAUGCGCCUGGUGUUGGAGAUGGUGGACCUGAUGUCAGAGAGGAGGGGCCUGGUGCUGGAGAGGAUGGAUGGGCCUGAUGUUGGAGAGGAUGGAACUGGUAUUGGAGAAGAGGAUGGGCCUGAUGUUGGAGAGGAUGGACCUGGUGUUGGAGAGGAUGGGCCUGGUGUUGGAGAGGAUGAACCUAGUGUUGGAGAGGAUGGGCCUGGUGUUGGAGAGGAUGGCCCUAGUGUUGGAGAGGAUGCGCCUGGUGUUGGAGAGGAUGGGCCUGGAAUUGGAGAUGAUAGGCUUGGUGCUGGACAGAAUGGACCUGGUGUUGGAGAGGAUUUGCCUGGGGCUGGAGAGGUUGGACCUGGUGCUGGAGGGGAUGGGCUUGGUGCUGGUGAGGAUAGACCUGGUGUUGGAGAAGAUGGACCUGGUGUUGGAGAGGAUGGACCUGGUGCUGGAAUGGGUGGACCUGGUGUUGGAGAGGAUGGGCCUGGUGCUGGAGAGGGUGGAUCUGGUGCUGGGGAUGAUGGGCCUGGUGCUGGAGAGAAUGGAUGUGGUGUUGGAGAGGAGGGGCCUGGUGCUGGGGAGGAUGGGCCUGAUGCUGGAAACAAUGGGCCUGGGGCUGAAGAGGGAGGACCUGGUACUGGAGAGGAUGGACCUGGUGCUGGAGAGCUUAGAUCUGAUGUUGGAGAGAAUGGACCUGGUGUUGAUUUUCAAAAACUGCCACAUAGUAAUGGUGCAGGAACAGAAUUGGAAGAGGAAGAGGAUCUGCCUGUCAGUAGAUACAAGCGAUUGGAGCCGGGGCAGAGCAUAGAACCUGCAGAGCGUUCUAGUGAAGACGUUGACAUUAUAUUCAGCUGGCUCAAAGGACUGAAGGCAUUUGAGAAAUUCCAUCCCACCCUCUUGUACCAGAUCUGCUUAUAUGGGUACUAUGAAAAUCUGGAGAAAGGUGUCACGUUGUUUCGACAAGGAGACCUUGGGACAAGUUGGUAUGCAGUACUCGCUGGAUCCCUGGAUGUUAAGGUGUCAGAAACAGCUAACCACCAGGAUGCUGUUGUACUGUGCACUCUCGGAAUUGGAACAGCAUUUGGAGAAUCCAUUCUGGACAAUACUCCUCGCCAUGCAACAAUUGUUACUAGGGAGUACAGCGAACUUCUCCGUAUUGAACAGAAAGACUUCAAAGCACUUUGGGAGAAAUAUCGACAGUACAUGGCAGGACAUUUGGUCCCUCCCUAUGGUGUUAUGGAAACUACAUCUAGUAAUGAGCGAAUCCCUGAAAAGGAGAGUGUGAGCAGCAAUGCACUGUGUUCUGUGUCAAAAAACAAGACAGCAGUUAUUGAAAAUCGUGUCCCUCUACAUCCAGUUAAAACCAUUACUCAGGUUCCAUCUGAAAAAAUCCUUAGAGCUGCAAAGGUUUUACGAAAUGUGAUACUAUCCCAGGCACCUCACAUGAUUAGAGACCGGAAAUACCACCUGAAGACCUACAAGCAGUGCUGUGUUGGCACAGAAUUGGUGGACUGGAUGAUCCAACAGACACCUUGUGUUCAUUCCCGCCCACAAGCUGUAGGCAUGUGGCAGGUGCUGCUUGAGGAAGGAGUCAUGAACCACGUGGACCAAGAGCACAGUUUCCAGGACAAAUACCUGUUUUAUCGGUUCUUGGAUGAUGAACAGGAGGGUGUCCCUCCACCCACAGAUGAGGAGAAAAGAGAGUGUGAGGAGGAGCUACAAGAAACCAUGCUUCUCCUUUCUCAGAUUGGGCCAGAUGCGCACAUGAGAAUGAUUUUACGCAAACAGCCAGGCCAGAGAACAGUUGAUGAUUUAGAAAUCAUAUAUGAAGAAUUGCUACACAUUAAAGCCUUGUCUCGACUCUCUACCACAGUAAAGCGAGAGCUUGCUGGUGUUUUGAUAUUUGAAUCUCAUGCCAAAGCAGGGACAGUGUUGUUUAAUCAAGGAGAAGAGGGCACUUCGUGGUAUAUUAUCCUCAAGGGCACAGUGAAUGUUGUUAUCUAUGGCAAGGGAGUAGUCUGUACAUUACAGGAAGGAGAUGAUUUUGGAAAGUUGGCUUUGGUGAACGAUGCUCCAAGAGCAGCCUCCAUAGUACUUCGUGAGGAUAAUUGCCAGUUUCUACGUGUAGAUAAAGAAGAUUUUAACAGAAUCCUUUGCGAUGUUGAGGCCAAUACAGUGAGACUCAAAGAACAUGGACGAGACGUUUUGGUUUUGGAGAAAAUACCAAUGGGUAGCAGACCUUCCAAUCAGGGAAGCACACAGACACAAUACAAAUACACAGUGAUGGCAGGGACUCCUGAAAAAAUAUUAGAGCACUUUCUGGAAACUAUACGCCCUGAUUUGCCUGCUAAUGGAAUGACAGGUGUCCCUCCACCAUGGUCCCUGACAGAGAGAAAGGGUGAGGCUUUUUUGACAGAUCCAUGCCUUGAUGACUUUGUUCUGUUGCACUGCAUUUUUAUGCCACACAGCCAGCUUUACCCAGCUCUAAUGGCUCAUUACCAUGCAGAAGCAUUACAAGGUACAGAACAAGAGAAGCUUGACUAUGCCCUCAGUAACAAGAGACGGGUCAUCCGCCUUGUCCUACACUGGGCAAAGGUACAUACAGAUCUCUUACAAGAAGAAGACAGUGCUGUUGCAUUUCUUGAAGAAUUUUAUGUGUCAGUGUCCGAUGACUCACGGAUGAUUCCUGCUUUGAAGGAACAGCUCCCAGAAUUAGAGAAACUGGUAAAACAGAACUCCGAAGAAGGAAAUGGCAAGGCAUCACAAAAAAAGCACAAAGUUAUUUUGCGUCAGUUCAGCAUUGGUGAGGAUAGACUCCAAAAGAGACAACCAAUACGAAGUACAGAUGAAAGUAAGUUCAAAACACCACUGCCAGAACAGGAGGGCCCAUCCACUGGAACUAUGGCAACUUUUGAGUUAAUGAGUUCUAAAGAUCUAGCCUACCAGAUUACAAUUUAUGACUGGGAGUUGUUCAACUGUGUAUAUGAGCUGGAAUUGAUUUAUCACACAUUUGGAAGACAUCAUUUCAAGAAAACUACUGCCAACCUAGAUCUAUUUCUUCGAAGAUUCAAUGAAAUUCAGUUCUGGGUUGUAACAGAAAUCUGCCUAUGUUCUCAGCUCAGCAAAAGAGUACAACUUCUGAAGAAGUUUAUCAAGAUUGCAGCUCAUUGCAAAGAGUAUAGAAAUUUGAACUCCUUUUUUGCGCUGGUAAUGGGACUGAGCAAUGUAGCUGUUAGCCGUCUCUCUCAGACCUGGGAGAAACUUCCCAGUAAAUUCAAGAAAAUCUAUUCGGAAUUUGAAAGCUUAAUGGAUCCUUCCAGGAACCAUAGGGCAUACAGACUUACAGUAGCUAAACUGGAGCCACCAAUCAUUCCCUUCAUGCCUUUACUUAUAAAAGACAUGACAUUUACCCAUGAAGGCAACAAUACACUCAGGGAUAGCCUUAUCAAUUUUGAAAAAAUGCAUAUGAUUGGCAACUCAGUAAGGACAGCCAGACACUGCAGAAGUCAGCCCUUCAAUCCAGAUUCAUCACUUGCAAACAAGAACCAUCAGGAUGUCCGUGUAUAUGUUCGACAGCUUAAUGUAAUUGACAAUCAGAGAACUUUAUCACAGUUGUCUCACAAGUUGGAACCACGGCGAUCCUAAUAGCCUUUCACUGCCGUAAAAGAAAAUAUUUAUUGAAUUUCAGCACA